AGCAGCAGCAGCAGCAGCAGCAGCCGACCUGAGCAGCAGAGUCGCUCGGCCCCUCGUUGUCCUGCUGAAGAGUCUAUGAGCCUGAACCUGGUCCAGGGAGAGAGAAAGAGAAACUCGAGAGCCUAACAUGGAGGCGAGGCGGCGCCUUCUCCUCAGCCUCAUCAUGGCAGCCUGUUUCUACGGCAACGCCGCUCAGCGGACAGUCUGCACGCAAGAGGCUGUUGCCGACAUCGUCUUCAUGGUCGACGGCUCGUGGAGCAUCGGCACCGAGAAUUUCAAGCAGAUCCGUCAGUUCCUGUACACGCUGGUCAACAGCUUUGACGUGGGGCCCGAACACAUCCGCAUCGGCCUGGUCCAGUACAGCACCACGCCCCGCACCGAGUUCCUGCUCAACACCCACCAGAACAAGGAGGACAUUCUCAACUACAUCAGCAAAUUACCCUACAUGGGGGGCGGCACCCAGACCGGGGAAGGCUUGGACUUCAUGAUGAGGGAGCACUUUGUGGAGGCAGCCGGCAGCCGCGCGGGUCUCAAGGUCCCGCAGAUUGCCGUGGUCAUCACUGACGGCAAAUCGCAAGACAACGUGGAGGCCCACGCCCAGGAGCUGAAGAGGAGGGGCAUAAUUUUGUAUGCGAUCGGCAUCAAAGACGCCGACGAAGAGCAGCUGAGGGAGAUAGCCAACGAGCCUCACAGCCAGCACGUCUACAGCGUGUCAGACUUUGCCGCUCUGCAGGGAAUCUCUCAGAGCAUCGUCCAGACGCUGUGCACGACCGUAGAAGAAGCCAAAAGACAACUCCUGCAAUUGUCCAGAGAAUGUGCCAAAGCCACCGUGGCUGACAUCGUCUUCCUCGUCGACGGCUCCUCCAGCAUCGGCAUCGCAAACUUCGAGGAGGGUAAGAAGUUUCUCCGCAGCGUCAUCACAGGCCUCGACAUCGGCACUGAUAAAGUUCGCGUGGGCUUGGCACAGUACAGCGACGAACCCUAUCAAGAGUUCCUGCUGAAGGAUCACACGGACAAGCAGUCCCUGCUGGCCGAGAUCAGCAAAUUCCCCUAUCGAACAGGAGGCACGCAAACAGGGAAAGCCAUCGACUUCCUCAUCAAGACGUACUUCACAGAGGAGGCCGGCAGUCGAGCCAAACAACGAGUGCCUCAGAUUGCGGUCAUCAUCACAGACGGCGACUCCACGGAUGACGUGAUAGAGCCUGCCAAGCUCCUGAGGCAGCAUGGGGUCAUUGUUUUUGCCAUUGGUGUGGGACAGGCCAACGCCAACGAACUCCGGUCCAUCGCCAGCAAGCCUCCAGAACGCUUCCUGCUGACCAUCGACAGCUACCAGGCUCUGGUGGCUCUGACAGAGAACCUGCUGCAGACGGUUUGUGUCUCCAUGGACGAUCAGAGACAAGCGUUGGCUGAAAAGUUUUCCGACAUUUUCUUCCUGUUGGAUAGUGGCAUGAGCACCACAGAGUUCCAGCAGGUCAGGAGCAUCCUCGUUCGACUGAGCAACCAGCUGAACGUGGGAGGAUCUGCCCAUCGUAUGGGCUUAGCUCAGUAUGGCGAAGAUACCAAGGUGGAAUUUCAACUCAACACUUAUCCAACCAAAGUGGAGGUCCAGGGUGCAGUUAAACGUUUUCGCCAGCGCAAGCUGCAACCCAAUGAGAAGCGCAACCUGGGCAGUGCUUUCAACCAAGCCAGGACUAAGUUCUUCACCAGUGAGGCAGGAAGUCGUGCGGACCAAGGAUACAGACAGUACCUGGUUGUUUUUAGCGGGAAAGAUUCAGAUGACAACAUUUACAAUUCCUCACGUCAGUUGAAAUCGGAGGCAAUCAACAUGAUUGGAUUGAGCCUGGGUGCGUCGAAGAAAGAAAUGCGUACCAUAUCCACAUCGCCAUAUUAUUACGACUCCAUUGCCAACAUUGUGCCUUCACUGAAGGGCGUUUUCGAAGCAGAGGAACGAGAAACUUUUCUCACUGGAGAUUGCCAAGCCGCCAAACUGGCAGACAUUGUGUUCAUCAUCGACGAGUCUGGAAGCAUUGGAACAACGAACUUCCAGCUGGUACGCACUUUCCUGCACUCCAUCGUGAGUGGCUUGGAAAUCAGUCCGACGAAGGUACGCGUCGGCAUCGUGUUGUACAGCGACAAUGCCGCAGCACAGGUCUACCUCGACAGCUUUGACAACAAGAAAGAACUACUGAAUUUCAUCAAGAUCCUACCUUACCGGGGAGGUGGUACGAGCACUGGAGCGGCCCUGACUUUCACCCUCAAGAAUCUUUUCACCACAAAAAGAGGAAGUAGGAAAGAUAAAGGAGUUCAGCAGGUGGCAGUUGUGAUCACUGAUGGUGAAUCCCAGGACAAUGUUACCCAACCGGCAGCAGCGCUCCGUCGAGCUGGUGUCACUGUUUACUCUGUUGGGGUCAAAGAUGCCAACCAGGGCGAGCUGGUCACGAUGGCGUCCCAUCCCCCCAAUAAGCAUGUGUUUGUUGUGGACAGUUUUACUAAACUGAAAGCUCUGGAGCAGAGUCUGCAGAAAAGCCUUUGCUUUAACAUCUUGCACCAGGCUAUCACAGUUGAGUCACGAAGAGCUGGCAUCAAGGAAGGUUGUGUGCAAACAGAUGAAGCAGAUAUCUUCUUCCUGAUUGACCACUCAGGAAGUAUUUAUCCCACAGACUUCAAAGACAUGAAGAAGUUCAUUAUUGAGUUUCUUAAUACCUUCCGUAUUGGGCCAGAUCAUGUUCGUUUGGGAGUUGCAAAAUACGCAGAUUCACCAAAUUUAGAGUUUGAUCUGACAACACACUCCGAUGCCAAGUCACUGGAAAAAGCCAUUGAGGCAAUCAUACAAAUAGGAGGCGGAACAGAGACUGGGAGAGCGCUGGAAUUCAUGGGCCCACUUUUUGACAAAGCACUGGUGACACGCGGGCACAAAGUUCCGGAGUACCUGGUGGUCAUCACUGAUGGAAAGUCCGCAGAUGAGGUCAAAGUUCCUGCAGAAAAAUUGAGAUCUCAGGGUGUUACCGUCUACGCCAUCGGGGUAAAAAGUGCAGAUCAAGAGGAGCUGCGAGAGAUUGCUGGCGACCCCAAGAGAACUUUCUUUGUCAAUAAUUUUGAUGCCCUGAAGCCCAUCAAAGACGACAUCAUCACAGAUAUCUGUUCUCAAGAUGCUUGCAAAGACAUACCAGGAGACCUCCUCUUCCUCAUCGACAGCUCGGGAAGCAUUUAUCCCCAAGACUAUCUGAAAAUGAAAGAUUUCAUGAAAGCGGUUAUUGCCAAGUCUGUCAUCGGGCAGAACGAGGUGCAUGUUGGUGUCAUGCAGUUCAGCACCGUCCAGAGGCUCGAGUUCCCGCUCAACCGCUACUACAGCAAAGACGAAAUGUCCAAAGCCAUUGAUAAUAUGCAGCAGAUUGGUGGAGGCACUCACACGGGUGAAGCCAUCACUGAUGUGACGCAGUAUUUUGAUGCAAGCAGAGGAGGGCGCCCAGACCUGAGGCAGAGGCUGGUUGUGAUAACAGACGGUGAGGCCCAGGACGAGGUCAAAGGUCCUGCUGAGGCUCUGAGAGCAAAGGGAGUGGUGGUUUAUGCCAUUGGAGUCGUGGAUGCCAACACUACCCAGCUGCUGGAGAUCAGCGGCUCACCUGACAAGAUGUACGCCGAGAGGGACUUUGAUGCCUUGAAGGACCUGGAGAACCAGGUUGCCCUGGAGCUCUGUGAUCCAGAGAGAGAUUGUAAGAAGACGGAAAAGGCAGAUAUUAUUUUCCUGGUGGAUGGCUCCACAAGCAUAACCCUGCCCAAGUUCAGAAGCAUGCAAAAGUUUAUGAUGUCAAUGGUGAACCAAACCACGGUGGGAAAAGACUUGACUCGUUUUGGGGUCAUUCUCUACUCCACCGACCCCAGUUCUGUUUUUUCUCUGAAGCAAUACACCUCCAAGCGAGAGGUUGUUCAAGCAAUACAAGCACUGAAGUCGCCAUAUGGAGACACCUACACUGGCAAGGCUUUGGGAUACUCCUUACAGUUCUUUGGAGCUGACAACGGUGGUCGGGCUGCACUCCAGGUGCCUCAGAUUCUCAUGGUGGUCACAGAUGGUGACGCCACUGACCGGAACAGUCUUGUGGCUCCGUCAGUGGCGCUGCGAGAUGCUGGGGUCAGUGUCUUCAGUAUCGGUGUGGAAGGAGCGAACCGGACACAGCUGGAGAUCAUGGCUGGUCACGACACUUCCAAAGUCUUCUAUGUGGACAAUUUUGACGCCCUGGAAACUCUCUACAAGAACAUUACUCAAGUCCUUUGUGCAUCCACCAAGCCAGUUUGUGAAAAACAGAGGGCCGACCUGGUCUUCCUUCUUGAUCAGUCUGGCAGCAUCUCCACACAGGAUUACACCACCAUGAAGAUGUUCACAACUGAAAUAGUGAAGAGCUUCAAAGUCGCUGAAGACUUUGUGCGUAUUGGACUCGCCCAGUUCAGCAGCACCUUCCAGCGUGAGUUCUAUCUCAACGAGUACUACGACGAGCAAGCAGUGACCAAGCACAUCUUGGAUCGGGUCCAGCUUGGUGGAGGAACCAACAUUGGGUUUGCCUUGGAUUCCAUCAGGGAGUAUUUUGAGGCAUCAAGGGGCAGCCGUAGAUCUGCGGGGAUCUCCCAGAAUCUGGUGCUGAUCACGGAUGGUGAGUCACAGGACGAUGUCGUAGAGCCAGCUGAACGUCUCAGGGCACUGGGGGUUGAGGUGUUUGCCAUUGGCAUUGGAAAAUACCACAAGAUGGAGCUGCGGCAGAUCACUGGCUCUGCAGACAGGUUGUUUACUGUGCAGGAUUUUGGUAGCUUGGAAAAAAUCAAGCAGAAGGUGGUGGAUACCAUCUGCAAAUCCAAACCCCCCAAAGAACAAACUGGCUGCACCAUCGAUAUCGCCAUGGGGUUCGAUAUUUCUCAAAGAACCGGACUUCCUGGCGAGAUGCUGGUCAGUGGCCACACCAAGCUCCAGACCUUCCUGCCAGAGAUCGCACAUUACAUUUCCUCAGUACCAGGCCUGUGCUGUGUCACCUCCUCACCUGUCAGGACCAACCUCGCCUACAGAGUGGUGGAUCGCAGUGGACGCGUCCUGUACGACUACAACUUUGAGGGCUACAGCGAGGAUGUGGUGAACAAAGUCAAGACUUUAACUUUGACGGAGCCCACUUACUUCAACACUGCCCUGCUGAAGUCCUUUGGGGAAAAGUUCCGUGCCGAGUCCGGAGCUGGUGUGAAGGUGCUGCUGAUCUUCUCUGAUGGACUUGAUGAAGAUGUGAUGAAACUGGAGCAUGAGUCAGAGCUGCUGAGACAGUCUGGCAUCAACGCUCUGCUCAUCGUGGCUCUGGAGGGAGCGCGAGACUCCGCCCAGCUGCAGAUGGUCGAGUUUGGUCGCGGGUUCGGUUACAAACUUCCCCUUAGCAUCGGCAUGCCGAGCAUCGGCAGCACCGUCCUCAAACAGAUCGACACUGUGUCGGACAGAGAAUGCUGUAAUGUCAUGUGCAAGUGUUCGGGACACGAAGGCAUCCGAGGCUCUCGAGGCGUGCCAGGGUCAAAGGGCGUGUCAGGACAGAAGGGUUACCCAGGAUUCCCUGGAGAGGAGGGUGUGGCAGGCGAGCGAGGACGUCCAGGACCCAGUGGACCUCAGGGCCUUCAGGGAUGCUCAGGUCACAGAGGAACAAAGGGAAACCGAGGCCUCCGCGGGAACAGGGGAGAAGACGGAGAGGACGGGCUGCACGGAGUCAACGGAGAACAGGGUCUAACGGGAAAAGACGGAGUUGGAGGACUUCGAGGACGACCAGGAAACCCAGGUAUCCCAGGUAUCAGAGGGGAGGCGGGGCUUAGAGGACAGCGAGGACUGAGAGGUGAUCCGGGUGAACCCGGCGCCGACGACAAAACCCCCGGACCCAAAGGAGACGCCGGUAACCCCGGUUUUCCGGGUCUACCUGGACCCGACGGGCCACCAGGUGAGAGUGGAGUGGAAGGGAACCCGGGUCCAGAUGGAAGGAGAGGAGCGCUCGGCGAGAAGGGUGUACCUGGAGCUCCUGGAGGAGCAGGAGAACCCGGCAGUCCAGGUGCUUCUGGUCCACGAGGUUCCCAAGGAGUCAGAGGUCAACCUGGACCCAGAGGAAUCCCCGGACUUCCUGGACCACAGGGAGCAUCAGGAAAAGUUGGAGAGUCGGGAUUAGCUGGACGUCGCGGAGCUAACGGACAGAAGGGUCAACCAGGAGAUCCUGGAGAUAAAGGUCGUCCAGGACCACUGGGACCCAGAGGAACACCUGGUCAGGAUGGUAAAGACGGUCAUGGACCUGCAGGAGCUCCAGGCGUCAAGGGAGAUCCUGGUUUCCCUGGUUACCCUGGUCUUGUGGGUGAGAUCGGGCUGCAGGGAACCAAAGGAUAUCCGGGACGUAAAGGCAACCGUGGUCGAGGCGGAAACUCGGGACCGUCCGGAGAAUCAGGAGUGAACGGAGAACCGGGAUAUGCAGGACACACGGGAUCCCGAGGUCCUCCUGGAGGCAAAGGCAUGACGGAAUGUCAGCUGGUCACAUAUGUUAGAGACAACUGUGCCUGUGCCAUCGAUCGGUCUGAGUGUCCCGCCUACCCCACCGAGCUGGUGUUUGGCUUGGACAUGUCUGAAGACGUGACGCCGGCCGCCUUCGAGAGGCAGCGCUCUGUCCUCCUCUCCCUGCUGGAGGACAUCGCCAUCUCUGAGAGCAACUGUCCCACGGGUGCCCGGGUCGCCGUGGUCGGAUACAGCGCCUACACCAAGUACCUGAUCCGCUUCCAGGACUACCGCCGCAAGAAGCAACUCGUUGAGUCUGUGCAGAACAUCGCCCUGGAGAGGACGUCCAACAAACGCCACUUGGCGGCCGCCAUGCGCUUCGUGGGUCAGAACGUCUUCAAGCGCGUCCGAUCUGGAGUGUUGAUGAGGAAGGUGGCCGUCUUCCUGUCCAACGGACCUUCUCAGGACGUUAGUGAUGUGGCCACGGCUGUGAUGGAGUACCGCGCCCUCAACAUCGUCCCAGCGAUCGUCUCUCUGCGCAACGCUCUCGCCAUCAGUCGAGCCAUGGAGCUCGAUGACUCGGGAAACUCCAUGUUCACGGUGCUAGGGAGAGACAUGGCCGCCGACCUAAGGAAGGUCAAGAACUGUGCCAUCUGUUAUGACCCGUGCCGGCGUGCGGAGGAGUGCGCCUUCAUCCAGGAAGUAAUGAAGCCUCAGGAGGUCAAUGUGGACCUGGCCAUGGUCUUGGACAGCUCCAGGGAGAUGCAGGCGGACGAGUACUCUGGCGCCCAGCAGUUGCUGGGCUCCGUGGUAGAGGAGCUCGCCGUGAGCUCACAGCCUAGCCAAGCAGGGAACCAGGCCCGGGUGGCCGUAGUCCAGCAGAGCGGCACUCAGGCUCCAAAGGUGGAGUUCAACCUGCAGACCUACCAGGACCACAGCGCGAUGAGGACGCACCUGAUACAGAAGAUGGAGCAGGUGGGCAGCUCCUCGGCACUGGGACAGACACUGGAGUUCACGCUGAGGGAGGUUCUGCUGAAGGCCAGCCAGCCGCGCAGGAAGAGGCUGCUGCUCGUGGUGGUCGGCACCCAGACGUCCUACGAGGACCGAGCCAAGCUGCAGUCCAUCUCCCAGCAGGCCAAGUGUGAGGGGGUGGCGGUGUUUGUGGUGACAGUCGGUGACCGCUACAGCCGCGUGCAGGUGGAGGAGCUGGCCAGUUCACCUGUACAGCAGCACCUGAUACACCUCGGCAGACUGAGGGUGGACGAGCAGGGCUAUGCCCAGCGCUUCCUCAGGGUCUACCUCAGCGCCCUCAACAAGGGAAUCAACACGUAUCCUCCUCCAUCGCUAAAACAGACCUGUGAAAAGUUGGGAGGCGGACAGGGAGGAGGACAAGGAGGAGGACAGGUCAUUGUAGACAGUCAGGGGCAGGUGGGGCUGAGGGAGGACCUGGAGGUGUUUGCAGAGGAGGCGGAAGAAAGGUUCCAGGAGCAGAGGAGAGGACGGACACAGACGGGACAGGUGAACGUCAUCGAGACUCUGAGCACAGGAGACGGACAGAGAGUGGUGUUAGGAGUCAACGACGCAGACGUGUCGACGCUUCGGCUCAACAGCUUCACCUCUAAAGACGCCUGUUUCCAGGUCCAGGAUCCCGGCUCGUGUCAAAACUACACCAUGUUUUGGUUCUUUGACACCGAACAGAACGAGUGUUCUCGUUUCUGGUUCGGCGGCUGCGGCGGCAACGAGAACCGCUUCAAGACGCAAGACGAGUGCGAGAAUCUGUGUCUGACCAAGAGUCGAUGAGGACCACAAGGUCACCUCAAUGUCCCCACACCGCUCUCACAGAGACACUUAACAUUUAUCAAGUUCAGGAAACGUCAACUUUCAGGGGAAACGAUGGAGGUCCAGUCCAGUCCACUUUAGUCCAGUCCAGGACGAGUUAAACUAAAGUCACCUUUGUUGUUUUUCUUGAACGUGAAUGUUGCUCCUGUAAAACAUGGCCGACGCUCGCCGUCGUCCAUCAAACCUGGUGCUGUUUGUCGUGAAGCAGGUGGAGACUCGACGAGUCCAACCACAGAAGAAUGUUUAUGUAACUGAGCUUUGUUUCCACGGUAACGCCAUUUCCAUCACAACUAAAAAAACAACAAAAAACGACCCUGAAGGUUACACGACCCAAAUUUAAAAACCUUUUAUUCGUAAAAACCCUAAAUUUCCAGAUUUCACAUAUUAUUAUUUUUAAAUUUCUAUAACAACACAAAGCAGAUUUUCGACGGAAUGAGUUUGAGUUUUGGCGUGAAAAUUUCUUUUAUUACUGAAUAAUCGAUUAGUCCGUUAAAGAUUCUCAGAUUCAGUUUGUGACAAAGAAUCAAAAUCAAAUCUUCAUAUUUGAGAACUAGAAUUGCAGCUAUGUGACUAAAUCGGCCAUUUUGUUCAACAGUUGUGGUCAGGUGUGACAUCGCAUGCUCCGCUCCUUAACCAAGCCCCACCUCUUCUCACCCAUAUACUGUUAAAAAACAACAACAAUCUUUCUCAGGAGGAAAAAAGCCAACCAGAAUCAAACUUUACGUAGUGUUGACUCAUGACUUCACCUGUGGAAUAAAACUUUACUGUUGUUUACGACAAAA